GGUCUAUCAAGGCUUAUGGGUGUAGACACGAACGAAUCGAUCAGCAUGCCGCCUCCCCCCUCGAGAAAUACGCACUCUUCCUGCCUCCGAAAGCCCACCGACACACCACGACUGACACAUGCAGCAGAAUCCCCCCACCAAAUGACAGCCCAAACAGCGCCCAGAAGAGGCGUUCAUUGCGAAACCAUUCGUCCUCCAGCCUCUUGUCUGGGAGAUCCGCCCACAGAAUAAACAUCUGGUUCCUCUCCCGCGCUAUUCUCGCCUUCAUCUGCUCUGCGAUGCUGUGGCUGCCGUCAUAAAAUGCGUCGGGCAUGUCUCGAGUCGUUCUGAAGCUCCAGAGCGGCGCGGCGAUGGCGUCAAGGAAGGCGACUCGCUGUGGGUUGUCCCUCAGAAGACGGUAGUUGAUGCCCCCACGGACCCCGCCAUCCUCACACACGCUCGCACUCUCGCACAUGGCGAAGACCUCCAGGUACUCCUUAUGGGUAUUGGGGCUGGUCCUGCCGAUGACUGCGCGCAUGAGAUGCCCGUCCACUCGCACCACCGUCGUGCCGUUCCACACUUGCAGGUCGGCGUCAGUGAAGAGAUAAGUAUCGCGGUCAGCCGAGGCGUCCCGAAGGAGGCCCUCGUAUGGGUUGAGAGACGGCUGACGGAGGGCCAGGGAGAGGAACGCACCUCCAAUCAGUAUACUCACCCCCACCAGAAACACACCUGCGAUAGAAUUCCCCAAUUGUCAGACACACAUACAGUUUCUUUCUUUCUUGUCUCUUGUACAAACCAGCAGGCCAGGAGAGCACUCCAGCGGCGUUGGCGACACCCAGCUCCCUCCGAAAGACCACUGCACGGAUCGCGAAGCCAAGCAUCACCAAGGGGCUCAAGACCAUCCCAAAGAAUAAGUGUAAGGCACCAGGAAGAGUCUUAACAAAGCACAGCCCAUACACACACGCACAAACUAUGCCCCAGACAACAUAGGCCCUCAGCUCCGGUACGAUGAACGCCCGAAAUCCCAUCGAGAGAGUGAAAAGCCGCUUGCACGACGCCCAGUCACAUCGAUACGGUCGGUGUAGCCGGACGCUGUGGGGCCCCUGCCGCACCGUUGUCUCUUCAAAGCUGACAUGCGGCCUAAUGGGCGGCCGCACAUCGUGAUGGCCAUCGUCGUCAGCCGGGUCUUCGCUUCGUGGCGACGAGACAACGAUGUGUGAGGGGAAAGGUGGAGGGGCGACAAGGCCGCGAUGCAAGAGCUCAUUUCGCCAUAAGUCGGGCUGGGCAACAUGCUCGGGGAAGAACGACUCGAACUGGACACUGCCUGCGAUGAGGAAAGCAAAACAAGAAAGGAAAACAUACGCGACGGCAGCCGAAUGUGUGAUUACCUGGUGGCGAUGCCGGUGUGUGUUGUGGGAUGGGCGACGGGGCCUCAGAAAGGCGGUGUCCGGGUGUGUCGCUGAGGACCUGGAGACUCUCUCGAUGCCCGCGUUCGGUGUGGGUGAACGCCGACACAGCGGGGCUUGCCACCUCACUCGCGGGCGGUGCAUGAAUUGAGAUGUCAGCUUGUUGGGCCGCUGCCCUGUUCUCCAU